AUGAAACCUGUAUUUGUUAAUUUCUCUUCUUUCAAGCUACUGGGUCUUGAUGAGACUUCUCUGCCUGUCGAUUCAUCCUCUCAAUCUAAAGCCACUUGUAAACCGUGUCCACCAGACGCCCAAUAUCUUGCUACCAAUGAGGUUAGAUCGGCCGACGGAUUAGGUCAGUUUUUACAGUCAUCUCCAAAAUUCAUCUCCAAUCUUGAACAUCUCAUCUCUCCUGGCCAACGUAUAGCAAUUGGAGAGCAGACUUUAUCUCUGCCAGUCGUCGGUCAUUGCCUCCUAGAAGAACCUAAGAUGGUCGCUAAUGUCGGUGUCAUUGGCGACGCUGAUGACGACUACCUCUUCUCUAUGGACGAUCUUUUUGACCAGCUAGAUGGAGAACUAUUUGUAUGCUUGAAUGACCCAGGCAGACUGGCAGGCCGGCCGGCCAAUCCACGACUGGCAAUGGUGCGACGAACGCGGGCUGACUGUGAAGAAGUGUGGCGCGAAUUUCUUACAAGCAGGUCAGUCGCGCAGACAAAAUCCACCUUAUUCUCCUUAAGCAUGCUUAUUUUCUUCCGACCCAUUAUCUUUUUAGCACCGGCUUUCUCCCAAGUGGCCUUGCAAUUCGGCUUUAUGUGCGAAAUUCUCCCUAGGGUCAUGAUAUUCACGGACCCUCAAGAAACGCUCUCUCUCUCAGACUAUUAA